CCCGUUUGCAGGAGCAGCUGCUGGAGGCUCGCGUGUUUGACGCAGCUGAUCGGGAGCGUGGUGCGUGCGUCCGUGCGUGCAAUAGUGCUGACAGACCGCACGCAGCUCUCUGGAGUGUGUCUGCAGCCUCGAGCGCUUCACGUACAACACUGGACACGGGAAACCUGGAUUACCACCGCGGCGAGAGCUCUCCAGUAGAGGGCAGCGCCAGACCAAAGAGAGCUCCAACCCCUGGUCCGAGGUCAGUGUGUGAGGUGAAGAUCACUCCUCUGUCCAGGAUGAAGGGCUCUCCUGACCUGCUCCCUCCCUCAGAGCUGGACCCGAGCCGAGUGUGUAAGGGGAAGGGUGUGGUGACUCUGAGGGCCACACUGGUGCACAUUGAUGAUGAGGCCAGUGACCAGGCCAACAAACUCACAGACACAGGGGCCUGGACAGGGCAGAUUAAUGGAGAUGAGGCUAAAACGGGAUUGGCUGAAGGAGGCGUCAACAACAGCUCAGCAGAUUUACAGACAGUCACCAGCCUACAGCAGUGCCAGGAAAACCAGGCCCCUCUCUCAGACUAUCACAGCUCAGGUCACUCUGGUCAUUCGGGGUAUUCUGGGUACCCCUGCACCAGUGCCGUCAACCCCACCAUCGUCCUGCUGCAGCACAACAGAGAACAGCAAAGGCACCUCUAUCACUCAGAAGAGCCGACCCCAGAGAGAGACAAGAGUCCAGACAGUGGCAGAGUUUCAGUCAGUCCUGUCCAGGAGAUGGAUGGGAAGAGGCUGCGACUGUCCCUGCACUCCCCCGUCCUGACCCCCGUCAACAGACCCAUUGUCCCUGUACGGAACACUGACAAAUCCAAAGACUGGUAUAAGAGCAUGUUCAAGCAAAUACACAAGAUCCCAGAGCGCACUGAGGAAAACCCUUACCGCCCCACCUACAUUUUCCCCGAGAACUAUGACAUUCAGGUCAAAUGCAAAGAUGAUGCCUCCACUCCAUUUUCAUAUCUGGAGGAAGCCAGGACCGUCCCGCGUUCUAAGAGUGACCAGCAGGUGGAGUCACGCAGUCGGACGCUGCCGGUGCCAACGCGCUCCUCUUCUCUGAACCCCACCAAACGGAACGAGUGGCAGCCUCCAGACAAAAAGGUAGACACCAGGAAGUACCGCGCCGAGCCGAAAAGCAUCUUCGACUACGAACCGGGCAAAUCCUCUGUUUUGAAACUGGAGAGAACGACUCAGGAUGUAAGCCCAGACGUCAUAGAUUUAGAGAAUGAGCCGUGGUAUAAGUUCUUUUCUGAAAUGGACUUUGACAAAGCGAGUGCCCCUUCAUUCACCCCCCUGGACACAUCCUCCGAUCUGCCAUAUUCCUCCAGCAAAUCCGGCCUGAGCGAGGUGGAGCAGGACCGCGGCUCGUCCCCCACGGAGCCGGGCGCCUCAGAAUGCGACCGCCAUGUUUACAAGAGCGUUUUGGAGGGGGGCGACAUCCCGCUGCAGGGUCUCCGCGCCCUGAACAAGAGGCACCCCAGCUCCUCCUCCUCUAAAGUGGAUUAUAAAGGUGGGAUUGGCUGUUUAAUUUCACCCUCCUCAUCAGUAAAUAGUCGCUCAGUUAAUGGGCUUGCUAACCAGUGUAAGAACAAGAAACCACUGUCUGCUGCCAAAGUCUGCAUCCCUCAAAUCCUCCCUUCUAAAUUCAAGCCGAAGACACUGCCCUCUGGUGGCGAAAGCGAAGACUGUGGUAACGUUGACAACAGGACUCGAGUCGUAAGACAUCCCAAAGCCCAUAGCUGCGAAGACAUCUAUACGGGAACAUGUGAUUGCAACGGGGCAAGAGAGUGUGAGAGCAGCUGUAGCACUGAUUUGGUGGAUGGGCUGAGGAAUGCGCUGCCCCCUGCUGUUAGAAAAAGUACGACUGAAUUUUCAAACCUGUAUCGAACCAUGCAUAACAUCCAGAGGCCCUGCUCCGUGGGGUGCAGUCCUCACGGUAGCGUGCGCAGCUUGGCCUCGCUUUUUGAGAAGUCCCAACCAGAUGGGGGUCAAAGGUCAGAGGGGUGCAUUCCUCGCCAGGCAGUGUCCACCCGGGUCAGCGAGUUUGAAAUGAUCAUUCAGAGGAGUGGGUCCCAAGCUCCCAUCCGCUCUUCGUCCAUGCCAACUUUAAAUUCAGCCACUCAUAAUCGCAACCAAAGUGAUUUCAUGUCUACUGCUGUGUCGGCUGAAUCCUUAUUGGUGACAGCCCCAAAUGAAAAUCUGAAUAAGCCAGAUGCCCCGCCAGAAACUGAGCAAGCAGAGUCUCCGAUGAGUGAAGCGACAGAAGAAGAGGACGUGGUAUCUCCGGUUAUAGAGGAAGAGAAAAUCAGGCCAGAAUCUCCCAAACAAAUCGAACCAAAAGUUAUUUUAAGUAAAAGCACUCCAGAUGUGUCCUUAGACAAAACUGUCGAAUCCAAAUUGUUUUUAAGCCCCCAUAACCACCACCAACAGCAUCUCCUCCACCACCUUAACCAUCAGCACCUCAAGCCGUCUAAAUGCAAAGGCUCCUGUCCGGCUUCGUACACAAGAUUCACCACUAUCCUCCGACACGAACGUCAACAAGCUCAGCAAGAACGCGCCCCUUCUGCUGCUAAUCCCAUUCCAUCUGAGAGGAAAACCGCCUUACCUGGCAACCUCUUCCUCAUGACCCCCGCCCCUUUCCGCCUUCGCAAAAACAACCAAACCAAGAAGACGUUAUUGGCGACGAAAGUGACCGCUACAAACCUGUGUCAAGAGUUGAGGCCCAAUAUCCCGCAACGGCUCUCCUCUCUGGAAGUUCUGGGGCGUUUGAGCAAUGGGGAAAACUUGGAUAACGGUUUGGACGCCAAUGGGAAUCUACUGACAGACUCGUCUCCUGCUCACAGUGAGAACCAGGAUGAUGUUUUACGGAAGAAGGGUGACAAAGAGAAAAUCCUGGAGGAGCAGCGGCGCCUGAAGCGGGAGCAGGAAGAGGCGGAUGCGGCCUCUCGGAGACACACCGGGAUCGUCCCAACGCGUCACCAGUUCAUCACCAACGAACGCUUCGGAGAUCUGCUGAACAUCACGGAUAACAGCGAGAAGAGGAAGUCCGGAGUGGAGAGAACUCCUGCCAUGGCCCGAUUUGACUUCAGAGCAGAAUCGUUGAAGGAGUUGCCGUUUCAAAAGGGAGACAUCGUGUACAUCAUUCGUCAGGUGGAUCAGAACUGGUACGAAGGAGAGCACCAUGGGCGAGUGGGCAUUUUCCCUCGAAGUUAUGUGGAGCUUCUUCCUCCAACAGAAAAGGCGCAGCCAAAGAAGAGUGUCCCGGUGCAGGUGUUGGAGUACGGAGAGGCCAUCGCUCGCUUCAACUUCAAUGGAGACACAGUGGUGGAGAUGUCCUUCAGAAAAGGAGAGAGGAUCACCCUGAUUCGCAGAGUGGAUGAAAACUGGUAUGAGGGUAAGAUUUCGGGCACUAAUCGCCAAGGAAUCUUCCCCGUCACAUAUGUGGAGGUCCAUAAGAAACCCAGAGUGAAGAACGGAGUGGAUUACCCCGACCCGCCUGUGUGCCAGUCGCCCCAACGCAGCACCACCGCCUCUCCGCAGCUUUACCGUAACCGCCUCACCACCUCCCCCCUGCCCCUCCCUCGCUCGCCCCGCCGCUCCGUCUCUCCCGAGGUUCACGCCAUCUCCUCCGAGUGGAUCUCCCUCACCAUCGGAGGGGGCAACAGUCCACCGGCCGCCCCCACCCCUCCCCUCCCCCCUCUACCCAGCGCCUACUACCGCCUGGGCGAAUACCUGCCCCCUCCUUACUCCGCCAGCCCCAUCCCGCCUCUGAUCGGCAGCCCGUAUUACAACUCCCCCAUGGCGUCUCCGUCGGCGUCGCCCUUACCCCCGCCCUACCCGCCCCGCCCGAGCUCAGCCACCCCGUACGUCACCUUUACCCCUGCCCAAAGCGAAGAAUCUCCACCUUCGCCUCAGCACCUGUCCCGCAGUGGCAGUCCCAGCGCUGGGCCUGUGCUGGAGGGGUGGCUCAAGGGGGGGGAUAAGGAGCUGGCAGAGGGGGCGGAUGGGGCAGACGGGGUGACCCGAGGCAAAUACAAAGGUCCAGCAGAGUUUUUGAAGAAUGAUAUUGAUGGCCGCACUUCCAGAAGCCCCGUGAUGCUCUAUGACAUCCAGGAGAACAACAAUGUCAACUCUUUCGCGGAGGCAGUGUGCAAUGAGAUCAUGAACAUAGCAGAGACUUCGGUGCGGUAUUGUAGCACCCUGUCGCACCCGCACCCUCUUGACUGUCACCCAAAGGUGCUCCCACAUCCCAGUAAACAGUCUCUCAUCGUUUCCCAGCAGCCCCUGUCCCAAAGCAGCAGCCCGGAGCCAGGACGCCUCAGCUGUGGCCUGUUCCAGGCCUUGUACAGCUACAUCCCUCAGAACGAGGACGAGCUGGAGCUGCAGGAGGGAGACCUGGUGAGCGUCAUGGAAAAGUGUGACGACGGCUGGUUUGUGGGUACCUCCCGAAGGACAAAACUGUUUGGGACUUUCCCGGGGAACUAUGUGAAGGAGGUGAAGCUCUAGAUUGGACUCUGUCACACACUGUUGCCUGUGGAGAAUCUGUGUCGUGCUUGGCCUUUGGUUAGAGUCCCGUUUGAACCAGGACUGUCCAUUUGUCUGGGAAAGUGACAGCCGGCCCGAGGUAUGUCCCGCUGCAGGAGGAGAGGGGGCGCUGUUGAGACGCACUGCCCAAAAAAACCUCAAACUUCAAACCUCAACAUGGACUGUGAAACUCUGCCACACUCACUACAAAGUUUCGCUCUUGUCAGGAUCAUAACCUCGUGUUUACAGUUUUCUACCAACGCAGUGUAAAGGGGCAGGGGUCAGAGGUCAGCAGCAGAAAAUAGGGUUAAGGAGAGGACAUUUAAACUAAAUUGGAUUUUGAAUGAGAAACAUAUUUUAUAUGAUGCAGUUAGAGAUGGUCACCUGCUACCUUUCAGAACCCAGGCUGAUUUUUAUUAGUAAAUAUUUAUGUACAGAAUACUAAUUACACUUUAGGUGUGUCAAUGUAAAAGUAAAAAAGCCACUGUGUUCAGAAAAACAGUCCUAUAUAUUACAAAAAUAUAGAUCAUUCUAGACUAUUUAAACAUCUUUGGAUAGGAAGCAUGUCUGUGUUUCAAAGGACGUUAAACCAUAAGUGACAAAAAAGGAAACUGCAAUUUUAAAUAAAAAAUAAGAAUAUUCUUCGUAUGUAAGAUUUUGAUACAUGUUCUCAUGUAAAGUAAAUGUUCUCAAUAUCAGAAUUGUUCUUGAGAAACUAGGACUGUUGCCAUAGCGAUAAACAAUUAAAAACAAAGCAUUGUAUUUUUAUGAAACCGGAAAAAGUCCUAAAGAUGUUGCGUAUAACAGGAAGCUGAAAUUCAUGAAUAAGCACUGUGAACUAAAAUAUCUUCCAAAUUAUAGUCUUUAUAAUUCUGUUUAAGUGUUAUUCUUAUUUCCCAUAAUACUUUGCAUUACAGUAGGAGUGUCCAUGAGGUAGCCUCGGUCUGACCCUUGCUCCGCUCUAGCCACAGGACAGGCGUGGUGCCGUUUUACUUCCUGCCAGGUCAUUUUAGGAGAUUCCACCUAAACAGUAAAUGAAUCAUUAAUGACUCUAAAGUAACAAGAACAAUAGCUUUGACAUUUAUCUUAAGUGUCAUCUGAGCUAUGCCCGUGUUAACGCUCGUAAAUGUGCACAGUGGAAGAAAGUACUUCAGGUAUGUGGGGUAUUUUUGUAUAGAAACGUGCAUACAAAGCAGCAUGCAGUACAGGAUCCUCAGCCUAUCUAUUGGUUUCAGAAUGAUGAGAAAUUAUUACAGCUGCCAUAGCAAUUGAUGACUUAAAAUAAAAUAGUAUUAUAUUUUUUGAAAGUGAAAAAAUCUUUAAAAUAGUGCUGAAACUCCAGAUCGCCACAAAUAAGCUUUCCCUCUUUAAACCCGUUUCACAAGCCCAAAAUACAGAAUACAUUCAUUUGUCCGUGAAUUUGUUUAACAUUGCCGUUAGGUCAAUAUGGGCCACAUUAAAAAAUAAACAGUUUUGAUAAAUGUAAGAAUUCAGCUUUACUAUAGGUCAACCGUUAUACUUGUAGUAACUAGUAUUGUAAUCAAAGUGAGCACAUUAAAACAUAUCACGUAUAUGUACAACUGUUAUUUACAGAUAAAGCUAGCCUAAUAUAAUUAACCAACAACAUACAAACAUAGAUAUUAACUAAUUUUACGGACAUUUCAUAUUAAUAACGGCCUAUUAAAGCUCAAAUUACCAUGAAUUCUAUAUUGAUAUUGAAGUUUUGAGCACAAAUUAUUUUUCUCUGUAUCCUCCUUUUUCCAGAAGAUGGAAUAAAUAAGUUGUGGGGCCAAUUUUGACAGCAGAUAAGUUCAGAACGGAUGAUAAAGCCGUUUUAAAGCCAUCCCCCAGAGAAUCAGUGCAGUGUUUACUUGUUGGUGCCCAUGGACACUGAACAUUUUACACAAAUUAUCCAACUUUAUGUCAUAGUUAAGAUGCAAAAUGUUUCUUAAAUUCUUCACUGACACGAAUGGGAUCCCUUCCACCACAAAAAAGCACGGUUUAGGAGCAUUUAGAGACAAAAAUAGGCGGUGCAGACUGAGGUGGAUACUAGGGAUGUAACAAUAAACAAAAUAUCGUGAAAUUGUAUCGUAAAAAGUCUCACAAUAUAUUGAAUUACAAGUUUCUUUGCUUAAAAGUGUUGUUUUAUAGUAGAAAAACCUAAUAAACAUGAUGAACUACAUAUCCCAUGAGUCAUUUCAGUGCAGAAAGCAUGAAGAAAUAUGUUUUUUACUUGAAUUCUUGGGAUUAUGAUGGAAAUAUUUCACACUAAAACCUUGUCCGGGUAUUUUAAAAGCAAAGAAAGUGUCCUAUUUACAAUUAUAUCAGCCUCUCCAAAAUAUCGCAAUAAAAAUCUUACCGAAAGAUUUGGAUAUCGCUACAUCUCUAGUAAAUACAGUAAGAUUAUUAAAUAUAUAUUGUUCACUAAUUGAUCCAGAUAUGUCUUUACUUCCCUUUUAUAUUUCUUCCAUAUUUGAUUUCAGUCAUUUUAAGCUAUAUUUAUUACAACUAGCCCAGUGAUUCUGCUCAAGCUCCAGUCCUCUCUCCUGAUCCCUCCAUUUCACGGUUGCAAUGUUCCUGACUAUUGCCUUGUGCUUUUUGACCUGCAUGUCAACUAUGUAAACUAUUUCAGUUCAACUCAACCAGAAGGAAGCUGUGCGAAGAGAUAGAGUCCCAGUUGUCAAUCUUUCCCAGACAUUUCUAAUCAAACUGGUGCCAGUGACUAUCAGUGGGCCUUCCAUUUCAUGAUUGCCUUAUACAACACAAUGUGAAGUAUUCAAAAAAGCAGUAACUCAAUAGUAGGGCUGGGCAGUUAGUCACUUUUUAAUGUUUCAAGAUCAAUAUUUUUGACAUUUUUAAUUGUCAAUGAUCAGCUUGGGUCUGUUUAAUGUACUGCCAGUCCUCUGUCAGUAAAAACGUCAUCAUUUGAAGACUUAAGAAGAGGAAAUUUGGCUAUUUUUGGUGUUGAAGAGGCACUACGUGACUUUUAUAGCGGAGCAUCUGCCACCUGCUUGUCUUGUUUCCAUGGAGAUGUUAUUAAUUUGCCUGCAAUGAGUGCCUCCGCUCAAUUUCACUUCUCUCCAGCGACUAGGUCAGGAAUCAGAAUACACGGUUCGCAAACAUCCCGGAAGUGCGAGUUCGGGCACCCGCCAAUCAGCAAAAAGCCAUAUAUUCUGUGUUGGCAACGAUUCACGAGAUUAAGGAUUUAAAGCCGGAACAAAGAGAAUGUUUGGUGAAUUUUAUCAAGAGGAAAGACGUUAUUGCCCUUCUUCCUAGAGGGUUUGGGAAAAGUUUAAUAUACCAGUUAGCCCUGUUAACAGUGCGUUUACAUACGUCACGACCAAAUAGCGGCGAUUGGUUAAAUUAAAAAAAGUACCUGCCUACCGUCGAACGAACGAAUCCUAAUGCUGCGAGAUCAGACAGUUUCUAUGAAGUGAAACCUGCUGAUGAAUCAGGCUAACAAUGACCUGCAAUAUGGCAUUAAACUUAUCUAACGCUGAUGCCACAAGGUCAGGUGACAGGUAAGAGCUUUGGAGUGGUGACCUUAAUCAAUUUAAACACAUCUAAUUGAAUAAAUGCUUGAUAAAUAAGUGCGUUUAUUGCCAUACUCUGGAGCAUUUCUGGCAAAACAAUAACAUCUCCAUGGAGACAAGCAAGUUGGCGGACUCCUCCCUAGAAAAGUUGCGUAAUCCACCUUUUGCAGUGAAUUAUUAAAAGUCUGAAAUUCAUUAUUUUAAGACAAAAUAACAAUAAAAGUAAUAUUAUUUCUGUCAUAUUGCCCAGCCCUACUCCACAGACACUAUACCACAGGUGUAUAUGUAUGUUUACUAUAAUAUCUUGGAGUAUUUUUGCAUCUGAAUGUUGUGCAGUGAAACCCACCACCUCAGUGAACCUGGAAACAAUGAAGUUUCAUGUAUUUGAGUCCAGUAGUGGUCAGUGUUUGCUUAUCUACACAUUGGUUUGUUGCAGUGCAGAUCACUAGUGACAUUUUGCCAAUACACGCACUUCUAUGUUUUUUCAGAUUGAUGAAAUGUUAGACUCUUCACAGUGUGGUUGUGCCUGUCCAGGUGUGUUUUCAAAUCAUACAAGCAUGUUUCUCAACCCGUUUAAUCCCACUAUUCAUAACUAUAUCAUAACAAAAUAUCAAAUAAGUGAAGAAAUAUUGGUUUGUACCGUAGAUUUAAAUGAGAAAAUGUGUAGUAUUGUAGUGUGGUAGCCCUGAAAAGUUUCCUAAUAAUUGAUUAAUUUAAUAUUGGGUGAUGAGUUUUAUAUGUGUCUAUCAAAUAAAAAAUAAGUAAAAUAUGUGUUAUAGCUUCAAAAAGUAAGUUUGAGAAGACAGAUUUCCUCAAAGGGACAAUUUUAAUUUACUUUCCUAAACAUAAUGCACUUAUAAUCUCAUUAUUAUUGCAUUUAUUUAACAAUGAACCCUCAAUGUGUAUAAAUUGUGUAAAGAAGUGACUCUUUUAACUGGGUUCAUUGGGGGUUAUAGGUUUUACAAUUAUAUUUUUAAAUGUUUUGGGGCGGGACAAGAUGUUUUCUACCUAUAUGUACAUGACAAUCUUAAAAAAUGAAUCCACUUUUGUAUUUUAGAGAUAGUUAAAUGAUACUACCUUCGUCCCAGAUCCUAAUUUGACCAUGACGACAGCGCACUUUUUACAUACAAGAAAAAAAUCACCUUAUGAAGUUAAUAUUUAUACAUAUAGUGGGAUUACAUGGGUUGACAGUUUCAGCUUUAGUAAACCAAUUGUAGCUUAAUAUCAAAUACAAAUCUCAAAUCAUCUCAAAUCACUUAUCGAUUCCUCUGUGAUUUCUGCUCUUUGGGAAUGAAUGUAUGAACUCUGAAUGUGGCAAAGUUUGUUCUAUCACGUUUGUAUAAAAAUGUUUUGUCCUGAUUUUUGAAAAGUGGAAGUUUUGUUCUGUAAAUAUGUAAAAUAAUGAAAUUUUAACUGUUUGAUGGGACGCGCCUCACGUCACUUGCGGUUUUUAUGAAGGAUUUUGGCAAAAGCACAGAGUGAACGACGCAUAACCAACAUUACGUUGCCAUUUUUAAAGCAAUGCCUUAUGUUUGAUGAAAAAUCGUGCCUCAUUGUCUUGUUUUUUUAAUAUCACUUAAAUGUAUUUUUGGUUUUCCCGUACUAUGUAGUCUCUGAUGGGAGAACGCUAACUAAAACUUGUUUCGAAAGUGUGACACCACGAUAAUGCUUACCCGAUUAUUAUUAAUAAUCAAUAAUAAUUUAGUGAUAAUGGGAAUGAAUACGUUUGAUGACACGCACAACCCGCAAUGUUUGGUUUGUUUGCUUCAAUUUGCAGUGCUGUUACAUUGACAAUAUUAAAAUAAAAGUACUAUACACUGCUGUGACUUCGGUAUUAUGCAAUAUUUAAUAAACCAUUUAAAACAC